GUUCGGAACCAACUCGCGAUCGAGUCCGGUUUUCAGUCAUAAAGUGUGUGCCUAAAGAUAGCCCGAUAGAAACUCCGGUUGAAAGCGAGCGCGCGUUACGCCGGAUUAAAUUUGCGAGAGCCGGAAUAAAAACUUGGAUUAGCAGUGUUAUUUUUUUUGGUGGAUUUUUCGCUAUUUGUGAAUUUGGUGAAAAUGAAUGUGCGGCAAAUUUUGGUUGUUCUGGGCCUUUGUGCCUUUGUAGGAAGUGCGCCUAACACAAAAGGAAAUUCAAAACCGGAGAAUAUAGAAGACACGUACGGCUCGUUUGUGGAUGGUGAUAAUGACAUGCAGAAUGACGAUUUUGACUACGGGCUCGAUGAGGAAGGAAGUCCCCCGCAGGAGGACAACAAUCUGUCGCCUCCGGAAGAGCACGCCGAAUUCAUCUCCAAGCCCGGAGUGUAUCCAGCGACUAUCGGGGACAGCAUAUAUUUACCUUGCGAAACGACGAAUCAGGAAAUCGUGACGAUCUGGGAGAAGGAAGACGCCGGUGAAAAGAUCCUCCUAUUCCAGGCCGGCGUGCCUAUGAAAAACUCCGAUAACGUGGUUCUCAACGCGAACAACACGUUGAAAGUGCACGUGGAAAAACCGACCGAUUACGGUGCAUACGCCUGCAUUUUGAUGAAUGACGCGGAAAGCAGGCCCGCUCUCACCCAUCAAAUCGUCGCCGCCACACCACCGGCUAUUCGGGGUAUAUGGACCAACAAAAACAAUGAAACUGUGUACAAACAAGGGGAAACGAUGAUGUUGACCUGCGAGGCUACUGGUUACCCGAAACCCACCAUAUCAUGGCACAAAGAAAACGAAAGACUGCUCGUCACUGGAGAUACGCUUACCAUUCCUAAUGUAUCGAAAGAUAGCGCUGGAAUUUACAGAUGCUUGGCCGAUCAGCCGACUAGCCCGAGUGCCAUGCCCGUUCACCACAAACCCAGCCACAGUUUCAUACAAAUCCACGUGGAACAUCCUCCCCAAAUAUCCGUUAAAGAAUACUUGGUAACUUCAAACAAAGAAAGAGACGCCGAGUUAAUAUGCUUGGUGGACGCUUUCCCGCAACCGAAGAUCGUUUGGAAGAAGGGAGACGAAAUUAUAAUCAACGAAGGCAAAACUAAGAUCAGCAUCGACAGAAGACAGAAGUUCAUCGAAAGCAAACUCCUAAUUACCGAUUUAGCCGACGACGAUUUCACCACGUACACCUGCCUGGCCAGGAACUCGUUGGGCAGAAUGGAGAAGUCCAUCAGUUUGGUGAAAGUUCCCGUGGUCAGAGAAUUCUCCAAGCCGGAUAAAUCUAACAAAGACGUCGUACUUACAUGGAAGGUGGAAUCUUCUUCGCCUAUUAUCGCCCACGAAAUCCAGUACAGGAAAAAAGGAGAAACUGAAUGGAAUGUGGCGAAACCUGAGGUGACAAAAAGCGAGUCGGAUGUCUACACCGUAAAAUACACGUUGAAAGAUUUGGAUGCCGGUUCGUACGAGACGAGAGUGCGUUCGCAGAGCGAGCACGGUUGGUCCGAGUACUCUUCCAUUAUACCUUUCGAAGGUGUUUUAGCUAAACAUGGCUCUUCAACUCACAAAAAACACCACAAAAACCACCAUAAAGACCAAAAAGAAAAAGAACUCAAAGAAAAACACAUUUCUGCCCAACAAGAAGCAACAUCUGCUCCUCGUCAACAAGAAAUUAUACAAAAAGAAGCACCCGUAGGAGCUUCCAAAACUUCAGCUUCUUCAGCAAUGGCAUCUUCGUUAACAACAUUGAGUAUAGCUUUAAUCUUCUUAUGUAGCAUUAGGCAGUGAGCUGGCCAAAACGACAAUUUAUUAUGUACAACUGAGAAACUCUUCCACGCACUGGUAGCUUAAAAACCAAAAAACCAAAGUAUUUGAUUCUAAUUUAGAUGUUAAGUAAAUUAUGAAGCGUUUUAUUUUUCGGCUAAUUUUUAAUUGACAACUUUCCGACUACCCUUUGUAUAUAGUAGGAUUCCUUCGAAUUUGUGUUCAUUAAUCGGUUAAUUUGUUAUCAUGGAAAUCUGGAUUGCUAAAAAUUGCCAGCCGUUACGACGAGUUUCGCUGUAAUUUUUAGUUAAAACUUAUUCUGUGAUUUAGCUGUUACAAGAAAGUAUAUUUAAAAAUUUUAUAGCUUUAAUAAAACCACCGGUAUAUUCUGCAGACGCAUCAAAGCGGGUAAUUCGUUUAAUUAUGUUUUUAUGUGCCAAAUUGUGCCAAAUGUACCAUUUUUUAAUCUAAAAAUAAGCUACAAACGUAUAAAUCAUUCAGCUACUUUCCUGUUUACGAUCUGAUACUACAAAUUUUACGGUCUUUACUAUACCUAAGAAUUUUAUACGAGUGGUUUUAUUAAAACUGUAUUAAAGAAAUUUAUUGUAUCGUAAAUUUCGGCUGAUUUUUUGAUUCUUUACAUUGGAGGGACAAUCUUGAAGAUGCCAUAUUAUAAAUAUUUUACCGAGUUAUUUUUUAUUAAAUAGAAUCAAGGAAUUGGUACCGAUUGUUUUAGUGAAUUAAUGUUUCUUCUAAGAAAAGGAUUUUUUUGUACCUCUAUAGGUAUUUUUCUCAUAGGACUUAAAAGGAGAAAACUGAAAAGUCAUUAUAAUUAUAAGUUACCUAUUUUCUAGCUGAUAUCUCCGCGUUAGGUAUUUAUCAAAAUUAUCAAAUAAAAUUUGACCACUUUGAAAACCAGUAGAUCAUUCUUUAAAUUAUUAUUAAAUAUUCGAUACGUUUAAUAUUAAUUUUAACUGUAAAUAUACAAAUUAAUUUAGUUUUAGUUCGUGUGAUGUGACGUAUUUAUAUUUUUAUUAUAUUAUGUAUCUACUUUUAUGCCUAAUAACCAAGUUCCCUAUUUUUUUAUAAUUACUUGUUUCUAAUCUCAAAGAGAGAAACGUGUCAGUUCUUGUUAUAGGUACUUAGAUUUUUUUUAAUAAUAAAGGGGAACUGUUCGAAUGCCUUACAAACGAUAAGAAACAAAAAAUCAUCUUUUUAUAAUAUCUAUUUAAAAAACAAUUGUUGCUUAUUGUACGAAAAGUAUAAUUUACGAAGCAUUUUCAUCUGAACUGUAGGAAAUUAUUGAUAUUAGUAAAUCAUUUAGAUAAAUCUAUCUUACACAACAUCGAUGGUCUGAUCAGACGGCAUAUCGCUAUUUUAAACUAUUUACUGUAGACGAUUCAAGUGAAAAUCCUUUUUGUAAUUAUACUUUGUCCAUUGUAUAUGAAUGUAUAGAGAAACACAAAAUAUUUAAAUA